GCUUUUAUAACUACACAAUCAACUAUAACACCCCAAAUACAACAAAAUGAAGACUGGCACGUUUUUCUUUUCGCUUUCCGUGCUUAGCACUUUGACCGCAGCUCUGCCUGCCCCCAAAGCAGGUCCUGCCAUCGAAGAUAGUAACACCAAGAGAUUUGUUCCCACUAUCAUUCAAUACAAGGACUAUACAGAGGGCGCAUCCAACGACAAGUCCAAGAGAUUUGUUCCUAAUAUAAUUCAAUACAAGGAUUAUACCGAAGAUGUAUCCGACGACAAGGCGAAGAGAUUUGUCCCCACCAUUAUUCCAUACAAGGACUAUGCUGAGGACGCAUCUGACGACAAUACCAAGAGAUUUGUUCCUACUAUCAUUCAAUACAAGGACUAUACUGAGGAUGCAUCCGACGACAAGGCGAAGAGAUUUGUCCCCACCAUUAUUCCAUACAAGGACUAUGCUGAGGACGCAUCUGACGACAAUACCAAGAGAUUUGUUCCUACCAUCAUUCAAUACAAGGACUAUACCGAAGAUGAAUCCGACAAGUCCAAGAGAUUUGUCCCCACCAUCAUUCCAUACAAGGACUACGCUGAAGAUGCAUCCGACGAGAAGGCUUAGAGAGCUUUCUUUUUACUGUCAUUUGACACAAGGUCAAUACUGAUGAUAAAGAGACUUGUAAAGCUUAGCUUUGGGGUGAUGAGAGUAGCAGUGAAAAGUUUUAGAUCUGUAGUUGGGAGGCAGUAAAUUCUUUUUUGAGA